UAUUUGACUGCUUCCGCAUUGGAUCAUCAACAAUGUUGUGAAGUACUGUACAUUGGAGUAAGGGCAGGAUGUUUCGUAAAUUCUUUCUGAACAGACAGUUUCCUGUAGGGAGAUGGCUACGCCCCUAUUGUGAAGCCAGCCCACCACCGUCAGAAGCAGAGCAGCAGCUAGUAGGCAUACUGAAGGAGAAGUUUCCAACUGCUUCACAUGUUGAAGUCACAGAUAUCUCUGGAGGUUGUGGAGCCAUGUUUGAAGUAUUGGUAGAGGCAGAUUCAUUCCAAGGAAAGCGAAUGGUGGCACAACAUAAAAUGGUUACAGAGGCACUCAAAGAACAGAUAAAGGACAUGCAUGGUUUAAGAAUCACAACAAAAGUUCCUGAUAAUUCCUAGCACUAAUUAAUAAUUGUUUGUAUGAGAGUCUGAUAUUAUGUGAUAGAGAACAAGUAUAAAAUGUUUAACUCUCUUCAAUACACUCAGUGGUUAAGGAUUACCAUACCACAGUAAAAUAAUGAAAUCAUGCAUUCAAAACUUAUUUUACCGGUAUGAUUAUAGAUUUGAAAAAUCAUUUUUUAAAAGGAAAGUAUACCUUGCGAGACUUUCAUGAAACAUAACGGAGAGGAAAUAAAAAAAAAUAUAAUCAACA